CGAAUGUUAUUAAAGCGCCUGCGCGCUGCACACUAAUCUUAUCAGUAGCAUUAAUCUAAUCUGAGCAUAAAAGCUGGGCUAUUCGAUCUGCGCCUUUUGUGUCAAGAACAGUUAGUUGUGGAAGCCGCAAUAUAACGGAGUGUGCCAAUUCUCUCUUCAAGUCUUAAGCGCAACAUUUUCUGAAUUCAUCAUGACUUCAACGCUGCUGCCUGGUAAUAUUGUUUACGGCGGGCCCAUACCCGUACGGGUGGCGCAGGAUUAUCGCUCCUUGGGACAGUUUAUUUUGGACAAAUACCAGAGCUUUGGCGACCAAACUGUCAUGAUUGAUGCUGUCACUGGCACGGAAUAUACUGCCAAGUUUAUGUACGAAUCGAUAGUGCGAUUGGCCCAAAUACUUCAGAAACUGGGCGUCAAGCACAACGAUGUCAUCGGGCUGUCCAGUGAGAACAGCGUUGGCUUUGCCGUAGCCAUGUUUGCCGGAUUUGCGGUGGGCGCAACCGUGGCGCCAUUAAAUGUCACCUACUCCGAACGUGAGGUGGAUCAUGCCAUAAACCUGUCGCGUCCAAAGGUCAUAUUCGCCUCAAAGAUCACCGUUGACCGCGUUGCCAAGGUGGCCAAAAAGAAUAAGUUUGUCAAGGCCAUUAUUGCGCUCAGCGGCUCCUCCAGCAAUCAUCCAAAUGUGCAUUCCUUCAUGGACUUGAUGAACAACGACAAGUACAAAACAAAGCCCGACUUUACAUCGCCGGUGGCCAACAAAACCGAGGAUGUCGCCCUAAUUGUAUGCUCCUCCGGCACCACGGGUCUUCCUAAGGGCGUCCAGCUGACACAGUUCAAUCUGUUGGCUACGAUCGACUCGCAAAUCCAGCCCACCAUGAUGCCUUUCUCGGAGAUUACGCUGCUGACUGUCAUUCCGUGGUUCCAUGCUUUUGGCUGCCUCACGCUCAUCACAACGGCCACGAUGGGCACGCGUCUCGUCUAUUUGCCCAAAUUCGAAGAGAAUCUAUUUCUCUCCGCCAUUGAGAAAUACCGCGUUAUGAUGGCCUUCAUGGUGCCGCCACUUAUGGUCUUUUUGGCCAAGCAUCCGAUUGUGGACAAGUAUGAUCUGUCCUCACUGAUGGUCUUGCUUUGCGGCGCUGCACCCCUCAGCCGUGAGACCGAAGAUCAAAUAAAGGAGCGAAUUGGUGUACCCUUCAUUCGCCAGGGUUACGGCCUCAGCGAGUCGACGCUCAGUGUUCUGGUGCAGACCGAUGACUUUUGCAAGCCGGGCAGCGUUGGCGUGCUGAAGGUUGGCAUCUAUGCCAAGGUCAUUGAUCCCGAUACGGGCAAGCAUCUGGGACCAAACGAACGGGGCGAGCUAUGCUUCAAAGGCGAUGGCAUCAUGAAGGGCUACAUUGGCGAUACCAAAUCGACACAGACUGCCAUUAAGGACGGCUGGUUGCACACCGGAGAUAUUGGCUACUAUGACGAUGCAUUCGAGUUCUUCAUUGUGGAUCGCAUCAAGGAGCUCAUUAAAUACAAGGGCUUCCAGGUGCCACCGGCCGAAAUCGAGGCACUUUUGCUAACCAACGAUAAGAUCAAAGAUGCUGCUGUUAUCGGCAAACCCGAUGAGGCGGCUGGCGAGCUGCCCAUGGCGUUUGUGGUCAAGCAGGCGAAUGUCCAGCUCACCGAGGAGGAUGUGAUAAAUUAUGUGCACGAACGCGCCUCGCCGGCCAAACGGUUGCGCGGCGGCGUACUCUUUGUGGACGAGAUACCCAAAAAUCCCAGUGGCAAAAUAUUGCGUCGUGUUCUGCGCGACAUGCUCAAGAAGCCAAAAUCGAAAUUGUAAACCAUGUCCAUCAGCCAUAUGUAUAUGCUAUUAAGCCCAGUGAACCUUUGAUAUGCGACUAAGAGAAUAAUAUUGUACAAAGAACAACUUUUCCAUGCGUACGCUUUAUUAUUACUAAACUUUGUUCUUAUCAUUUUAUUUCGUUUUAUAAACUACCAACUGGUUGGAUUGUGUUUAUGUUUAUAUAUAUAUAUAUUUAUAUAUAUAUAGAUACUUGUCUGUAUUUGGCUUUUUUAGAGUAUUGUAUGAUGUAAUUUAAAUCUAAAUAAAAACUAUUUCCAUACAUACACACAGAUAUUCGGCAUCGUGUUGCUACCCAUUGAAUUAGUCGGUAAUAUACACACUCUGAUCCAGUUAUGUUUAUGAAAUUCAACUAUAUAUCCAAGUGUUAGUUACAUUUGAUCUCUGUCUGAGCUAUCAAUAACAAGAUUUUUAUAUAAACAACUACAUCAUAUAGUUUAUGUAAGUACGACCAACUGUUGUAACAAACAUUCGUAAAAUUUGUUUUUGUCUGGUUUCAUAUUGUUUCGGUUCCGGUUGCCUUUUGUCAUUUAUGUAUAAUUGAAUUAUUCACUUUAUAUAUGUAUGUGUAUAUAUUUUUUAAAUAUUUAACUACAUGUUUUCUGGCUUGUAAAUAGUUUUCCUAAUUAACCUUUUUGGAAAAAAGUU